AUGGUUAAUCCAAGGAUUAUUAAACAAAGAGAAUCUCUACCAAUUUUUCAUUUUCGACAAGAAAUUAUUGAUGCAAUAAAAAAUGAAAAUUUACUUGUUAUAAUUGGAGAAACAGGAUCUGGUAAAACAACACAAAUUCCUCAAUAUAUCUUGGAAAGUUUCGAGGAUUGUAGAUUAAUAGGAGUAACUCAACCAAGACGUAUUGCAGCGAUUACAGUUGCUAAUCGAGUAUCGGAGGAACAUGGCACUAGACUUGGAAAUGAAGUAGGAUAUUGCAUUCGAUUUGAUGAUUGCACUUCAGCAAAAACUAGAUUAAAAUAUUUGACGGAUGGUGUUUUAUUGCGAGAAGCAACACUUGAUCCUAAGUUAGAACAUUAUGAUGUAAUCAUUAUAGAUGAAGCUCAUGAAAGAACAUUGGAAACCGACGUAUUGUUCGGAUUAUUAAAAGAAACACAUCGAUUACGUCCGGAAUUAAAAAUUUUAGUAAUGUCUGCUACCCUAAAUGUAGAAAAAUUCUCGGAUUUCUUUAACGAAUGUCCAAUUUUUAGUAUUCCGGGUAGAACUUAUGAGGUAGCAAUAAAUCAUCAUAGAGACGCAAAAAUUGUUAGUCUAAAAUCAACAUAUGUUCAAAGAGCUGUUGACACAACAUUAUAUAUUCAUACUCACGAACCACCAGGUGAUAUUUUAGUUUUCUUGACUGGACAAAAUGAAAUAGAUAAGGCAUGUCGUGAUCUUUAUAAUCAAGCACGAGAAUUAAAUUACAGGCGGGAUGUACAAUAUUAUGAUGAAGUAAGAGAUUUAGUUGUAUUUCCAAUUUAUGCUAGUUUGGAGACUAUGGAACAAAAAGCCAUAUUUGAAGAUUCUCCUGAAGGUACAAGGAAGGUUGUCUUUGCAACGAAUAUUGCUCAGACUUCAGUUACUAUUCCUGGAAUCAAGUACGUCAUAGAUAGUGGAUUUGUUAAACAAAAAUCAUAUGAUCCAAGCACAGGAAUGGAUGCACUUUUAGUUGUGCCAAUAUCACAAGCUGCAGCAACACAAAGAGCUGGUC